AUGGAUCAACAAAACGGAACGUCCCGUUCAGAAUCUGUCCCUCCACCACCUUCGCAACAUCCUGAAACUGUUUCUGGUGGUGGCACCCACCCCUACUCUUCUAGAAAAGAUCGUUCUCUGUCACCUAGAAGUGGCUAUCGUCGUUCAUCUUACUCUCCACGGCGAAGAAGUCCUUCCCCCAGAGGUUACCGUAAUGGUAGAGAGGAAAGAUAUAGAGAAGAUCGGUAUGCUAGAGAGGAUAGGUAUGAUCGAGGUUAUCCCAGAGGUGGAGGUUAUAGAGAAGAUAGAGGGUAUCGUGAUAACUUUUACGGUUCUGAAAGACGAGGUCCUCCGAGAAGGAGUAAACCAAUUGAUCGUGGUAGUGAAAAAGAAAGACGUGAUUCUACUACUCUUUACGUUGGUAAUCUCCCUUACGCAUUUCGUGAACAAGAUGUUGCUGAUAUGUUUGAACGCUAUGGUCGCCUGAGAAAAGUGACUGUCCAACUUGAUCAUUAUACAGGAAGGAAUAAAGGAAUUGAUUGGAAAUGUUAUUGGAUGUUCAGUUUCGCUUUCGUAGAAUUUGAAGACCGAAGAGACGCUGAAGAUGCAUUUGAUAAAUAUAACGGAACUAACGUCGAAGGUCGUCGGCUUAAACUAGAUUGGGACAUUGGCUUGAGCAAAAAGGAUGCUCACCGUAGGGAUAAAUAUGCUGUUAUGGAUAAUUAUGGACGACCUGACCCUUCCUUACAAUCAUCAGACCAACGUGGUUCCUCACCAUUCAUGCGUGGACUUAGCCCACCCUACAGAGCUGGCGGCCGUUCGUCAAGUCCUUACCGUCGAUAA